AUGAGAGAUUUCUACAUAAUCGAAGAUUACUUAAAAAUUGUUAAAGGAGAGAUAAAGAAGAUAGAUACAGUCGGAGUUUUGAAGACGAUCAAUUUUGUGGUCAAAUUUGCGAGUUUUUUGUUCGGAGUCAUGUUUAUUUAUGCUGGCUUCAGUGAGAUGAUCAUUUUCAGCCACGAAUAUUUGGACUUGAUUUUCUUCACGACGCCGAUUUUGUGGAUUGUUUCGGGAUUUCUGCUGCUCAUUUCGUUCGGCAUUGGAGUGCUCGGCAUGGCGCGGGAAAACGUCGUCGCAAUUUUCGCCGAAGGAGUCGUUCUUCUAUUCGCUGGAGUGGUGCAAUCCGUCACCAGGAACAUCUUGAUCAAAAGCGCGCCGGAGACAAAAGAAGACAUCGCAGAUCUUCACAAAAUUUUCAGGAAGAUCAUGGCGACCUACGAGCCGCAUUCGAAGAUUCAUACUUUUGACAUUCUUCAAAACGAGCUGAGCUGCUGCGGCGUGGUGGAUCAUCAGGAUUGGACUUGGGAGCGCGUCCCAGCUGAGCUUCGCCAAAAGGAUACUUCGCGAAUCCAAUUUACCCCGACUCGUGUUGCCUGA